CUUACUUUCGAUGACAAAUAUGUUCCAGUUUUAAUCCGUUCAUUGAGUGAUUGCGUCAUCUUGGUGAAAAAAUUGUGAUUAUGGAGUUGAUAACAAUUAUAGCGAAACAAACACUUGGUUUUACUUAUUAUGUAUGUAUCUAUAUAUACGGGAGAGUUAUUACACACGAUCUCCGUUCCACGAGCCGACCACCAAAACCAGGCAACCAGACGCCAUAUUUACUCAGCUGAUUUCAAUCGCAUUAUGUGAAUCCGCCAAAUAACCGUCAUUCUAACCUGCUCCUUUCCAUCACAUGUGUGCAAAUCAAAUCAAAUGGUGAAAAUUGCAAACAUAUCUAUAAAAUAUUGCAAAAAAUCUUUUACCGUAUUUAAAUCAGAAAGUCAAGAUACAAAUUAAUAAAAUCAUAUUCAAAUAUGGAGGAAAGCAUGGAAGAACCUGUUGAAGAGCACUCAAUAACAGAUACCAGCGACGAUGGUGAAGAGAGAACUGCCGGUGAAAUCCUAAUUGACAUGGAAAAUGCCUGGAUGAACGAGAAAUUUUCUCCUGAAAUUCUUCCACACAAGUCAAACCACGUUGACUGCCUCCUCCACCACAUUGCCUACAUGGAUGAAAAUCUGAAGAAGCUGCCGAAAGGUGAUUUGAGACUAACAAUUCACAAAAUGGAGAUUGACAGAAUUAGAUAUUUGAUUUCUAGUUACUUGAGAAUUCGAUUGGAGAAAAUUGAACGUAACGUCAUCGAGAUUUUGAAGAGUGAUGGACAAAGAGGCGAGUCAAUUCGUUAUUUAACCGAUGGUGAGCUUAAAUAUGCCAAUGAAUAUGCUGUCAAUAUGGAGACACUAUUCAAGAGUUUGGUCCUUCAGCAUGUACCACAGAACUUCCAAGAAUUGGAGGUUGAUAAAUUGUCAAUUAAACCCAAUAUGAAUACUCAUGUAUUUCUUCGGGCGAAUAAGACAAUUGAAGGUAUUAUUAUUCCUGGAGCUGUCGACGAAGAGGUGGACUUUGUCGAGGGAUCUCAACACAUCAUUCAAUACGCUGCUGUUGCUGAUUUGGUCAAAGAUUGCUCGGUGCAACUAAUAUAAUUACUGUAAAAAGUUUUGAACUAAUUAUUAUCAUUAUCUUUUCCCUUUUAAUCCACAAUUUAUAUUAUAAAAAAAUAUAUUUUUUACACAAAAUUUUUAGUUUAUCUUGAGGACGAGUAUCUCAGGUGUCUAUUACUAGCAACUUAUUUGUUGAGUUAAUACCCUGGUAAAACAGUCCGAUUAUUUCCGACUGGGUGAUAAAAAAUGAAUCGGCGUUAAUGAUGUUUCUGUCUUUG